UGUCGACAUGUCGUAAGGUCCCACCCGCCGUCACCCCUUUGUUUUCGACGACAAUGAUGGCGGUGGUAGCGUCAGGUUUACAUUUUUCCCUAUAUCAAGUAAUUUUAAGAGCGGCAUCGUGACAACAGUCAACAGUCGUGUCCCUUGAGUCCUCGUUUGAACUUGAGAUGAGGUAUGCUUGCUUGAAGUUCACACAGUUAAUUUUUUAGAUUCCAGUUUAGGACAAAGCAUGUUUGCAUUGCAAGCCCCAACUGUAAUUAUUACUAAAGUUGUCAAGCAACCUUUGGAAAAGAGUUAUGAGAGCAUCGAGCAGUUUUGCAAAAAGUAUCUUUGUUGCAGGUGCUGGCAGGCACUCUCGACAUACACAAUGUAACGACAUUAUAAAGAGAGCCUUAAUUUCUGCAGACAUACCAAGCAUUAGGGAACCAUUAGGGUGUUGUAGGACAGAUGGAAAAAGACCGGAUGGUCUAACACUAAUACCUUACAAACAGGGACGCUCACUAAUAUGGGACUUUACAUGUACAGACACUUUUGCCCCCUCUUAUCUCUCUCACACACUUAGACAUGCUGGCACAGCAGCAAAACUAGCCGAGACCAAAAAACACAAACUUUACUCUGAACUUGAAAAACAAUAUAUCUUUGUUCCGGUGGCUGUCGAGACAUCAGGAGUAUGGGGGAUGGAAGGGUUGAAGUUCAUCCAAGAUGUUGGGAGGAGGAUGAAGGAUGUCACUGGACCAAUGUCAACAACAUUUCUCAUUCAACGGAUCAGUUUGGCAGUUCAACGCGGGAAUGCGGCAUCAAUCAUGGGAGCUGUCCCCAGUCAACGAGGAUUAGAAGAAUUAUUUUAUAUUUUAAAUGAUAGGUCGUUUUAUUUACAAAAAUCCUGUAAGGGGCCGAAUGGUGAUCUCGGACGCCUAUCCGGAUCAAGUAAAGGUUUUCCCAACCCACCAACAUCGGGUUUUUCCUCUACUCCCCAAGCCAACUAAGUGUAUUUCGUACUUUAUCAAUGUUUAUGUUAAUAAAUAAUUUUCAAUCUUUGUUGCUAUGAAGUUGUUCAGCAAUCUUGUCAUUAGAUUUUUAGCCUAAUCGUGGGUUUAUAUUUUUUACUGCAGUAGAAUAUUAUAUUCAUAAGAAUAGCCUAACUUUAAGUUUUAACCGCUUAGAAAGUCCAUAUGAAAAUGACGACGACAUACCCACCGCACUCUCUCCUUCUCGAGGACGCCAAGGGUCUCCCAGUCUUCUGGAGUGGGACUGAGGCCGUGGCGAAGCUGGUGUGGCGACUCACGCCCUCCGACACUCACAAACUCGAAAGAAUGACCGUGUCCGAAGUGCUGGAAAAGUUUUCAGCACAAGACUACAUCAAAAACUGCGUCGUCUCUCACGUCGUGUCAUCCCAGCACAAAACCACACAUCCGUGUCACAUGUCAGACAACUUUUCAUCUCUCUGGGGCAUCAACAAUGGUGGGUGUGGUCGAGGCGUCACCGUGAAACUCGUCUUGGAUUCGAGCUAUGCCGAAAUUCCACGUGAGAUUUCAUCAAAAUAUCUUCUCAUCCUCGCUGAAAUGAGUAAAAAGCGAAUUUUCUGGGAUGGACGAAGACCCGUUUCCAAUCUCAUCUUCAGAGUUAAUGAAUCUCAGAUGCUGACCACGGUGGACACCACGUUACGCAAGUUCAUGGCUCUAAAUUACCUUCGCAGUCGCAAGAUCAAGCUAGAGCUGGUGGUCGCAAAGAGGGAGGAGCGAAAAACUAGUGGGGUUAAGGGAGAUGACAUUCUUGGGUCGCUUUUCACUGGAACAAGCGCCUCUCUCCGAGUGUCGAUGAAAUCCACGAUAAUUCCAAAGCAGCCGCAGCCGCUUCAGAACACGGUGAUCUUUGGCGAGGAGGCAGGGGCGCAAAUUGUGAGCAAGAAAUCGGACAUUUUUCACCCCACAACCACCACCACGGAAGAGACAGGAGUGGUGAGUGACCAUUCCUUGGAGUCGUUCUGGCUGGAUGGCAACUGGAGUGAGAUUCGAGAACGGGUUCAAUACCAAAUUGAAGCCUUGGACUCACUGCGAAGGGAGAGAGAAAUUCCUACAGAAUUCGACGAAGCUUUGGCUGAAGAAAAACAAUUAUUGGAGUCAUCUCUGCGUCGCCGGAGUCGGAGUGUGGAGCAAGUGUGGCGUCACUAUGAGCAGCUCAAGGCCCGAGUGGCCUCAGGCAUGGGGUCCUUCCCCUACAAAUCUGGUGAGUUGAGUGAUGGGCCCACUCCUUCGACACCCGUCCUCCUCCCCUUGGAGGACCCAUCACCCCCAUCCGACUCGGUUGAGAGGCUGAACCCACACGGUCCCAUGGACUUGAGUCAAACCACGACCUCCUGUCUGGAAGUGGUAGCUUCUACCCUGCGAACUUUGGGGGUGGAAAUACUGGACGAGGAUCAACGCGUCAGUCCCGUUGCUGGAGUGGCAUUAACGGUCGUCCUCGUCCUCACCAUAUGCAUCCUGUCUCAUUGCGUCACCUGAACCAACAAUAGGAAUAGGACUACAGCAACAACUAAAUCUCCAGUAUCCAUAUAUGCUAUGCUAUAUGCAACAUAUGAAUUACUCUUUUGCUCAUUAUACAACAAGAAAUAAACA